AUGUUUGGAUACAGUAUCUUAAAUGAUAUUAAGAUAAAGCAUGUAUAUGAAGCCGAUGAUAACUUAUAUAAUUUAUUAAAAAGAAACUUAUACAAGUUACGACUUAAUGAUGAUAUAUUAAUGGAUUUAUUAGGUGAAAAUGGUGUAUUAAGGCCUGGAGAUUUAAUAGGAAUAGCUGGUAAAAGUAAUUGUGGUAAAUCUUUAUUAUUAGGAUAUAUAAUGGCUCAAUGUAUACUACCAAAGGAACUUGGAGGACAUAAUUUAUCAGUAUUAUAUAUUGAUACAGAUAAUAGUUUCUGUAUAGAAGUUUUUCUAGAGACACAUUUAUUACCUACUAUUGAGAAAUACUAUGAAAAUUAUUAUCAAAUAAAUGAAGAUCUAAUUAUUAAUAAUAAGGAUAUGCUUAUAUCUAGUUUAGAUAAUUUCAAAGUUGUUAGUGUAUCAGAUAUAUUAGAUUUUAUUUCAAUAUUACGUACAAUAAUGACAGAUAAUACAAAUCCAAAUAUUAUAAUUAUAGAUUCAUUAACAUUUUGGAAAAUCCAAAAUAGUUCAAGCAUAUUUGAAUAUAUAGUUAGCCAAGAUAAUAAUGAUAAUAAUAAUAAAGAUAACAAUAUUAAAUAUAAUGAACUAUAUACAAAUAAAUUAAAUUCUUAUUUAUUUGGAUUAAAUGCAUCAUUAAAUACUUUAUAUAAUUGUAGUAUGCACCUAUUAUCUAGUAUAAUUGAUACAAUGGGUGUUGUUGUUUUUGUAACAAUUGAUGAGGAGUAUAUCACUAAUAAGAAAUAUAGAAAUAUUUUAAGCAAAACUUCUAUAGAAAUUUUGAGUAAUCCUGAUUUGAAUGAUUAUAAUAUGGAAUCAUAUUAUAAUAUUGAACUUCCAUUAUCUAAUCGUUCAAAUAAUGAAUCAUCACACCUACAAGAUUCUAGAUUAAAUAAGGUUACAGUGAGAUUUCCAAAACUUCCAUCUGGUAUAUUUGAAACUAUUAGAAUACAAUAUAAAGUGAACAAUUUAAAUUUUAAAAGGCUAUUAUGGAUAACUUGUACUGAUACAAGAGAAAUAACAUCUGCACAAACUAAUAUUCCAACAUAUUUUAAUUGUAUAAAUGAUAAUAAGAAAAUGAACUAUAUGAUAGUAACUGAUUCACAUGGAGUAAAUUUGUUAAAUUAA